AUCCCUCGGUAUUUGACUGCACAUGCCCACGGUGAUGCUGCUGCCGCCAUGGAUCUUCGUGGUCCUGCUUGGUGGUUUGUCGUCGGUAAAGGCGGCGGCGGUGGAGCCUGUGAUCUGCGAUAGCUGUGUCAACAUAGAAUCCCCUCUAGGGUUCUGCGGCAGCCUCCGCAACCACUACCCCGUGUGCCUCCAGCGAUCCAUGACUGUAGCUCUCCAAGAUCGCCUGGCCGAAUCGCAGUACGCCCUCUUUCACGCCGCGUCAGUGUCCGCGACAAACAACUCGACGCCAUCGUGCCAUCAAGCGCUACGGGAAGUAGCUUGUACGUUUGCCUUCCCCGCGUGCGAACUCGCCCAAGCGCGGCCUCUCUGCAGCAGCAUGUGCGCCCUGCAAGUCGCGAACAACUGCUCGGCGUCGUUCGCGUCGCAGGCUCAGCCCGUGACAAACAACGUGUGCGGCACCGUAGACGACUCCAAGUGCAUUCCGUGGACAUAUACCGGUCCGAAUCGCGGGGCGUGGGUGGCGGGGUUCACCAUCUCGGUCGUGUUUUCGUUCCUCUCCAGCAUCGGCAUCAACCUCCAGAAGAAAGCGCUCAAGCAGAACGAAGUGACGGCGCAUGAGACCGGCACCCAGCCGAUGUCGCCGUUCCGCCUUCCAUUGUGGACCCUCGGGUUCUGCUUGAUCGUCGCGGGGUCGCUGCUGGACUUCAUUGCGUUUGGGCUGGCUCCCCAGAGUCUCCUCGCGCCACUCGCCGCGCUCACGUUGGUGUGGAACAUGAUGCUCGCGCCAUGCUUCAACAAGGAACGAUUGACCCGCAAGGACAUUUGGGCCACGUUAAUCAUCUUCCUUGGCGCUACCUUGGCCGUCGUGUUUGCCAACCACAACUCCCCGUCCUACACGUUGGACGACCUCAAACACCUCUACCGCAAUCCCCUGACCUUGCUGUACUUUGCGAUCGUGUUUGUGCUCAUUGUGCUGCAUUACGCCAUGAUCAAAUGCGUCGAGCACCUGAACCUGGCUUCACACCGCCAUCGCAUCAUCAACUUUGGCGACCCGUCCGUGUGGUCCACCGUCCGCCUCGUCGCGUACGCCGGAUUGGGCGGACUCAUGGGCGGCCAGUCGGUGUUGUUUGCCAAGUCGACGGUGGAGCUGGUCAAGUCGCUGCUCGCGGGUGGCGACUGCUUCACCCACCCGGAAACGUACUGCAUUAUCGUGGCCAUGGGGGGGUGUUUGGUCGCCCAGAUGCACUUUCUCAACGGCGGGUUGGCCAACUACGACGCGCUGUCGGUGGUGCCCAUCUACCAAGCGUACUGGAUCAUUAGCGGCGUGAUGGGCGGUGCCGUGUACUUUCAAGAGAUCCGGUCGUUUUCCGAGUUUCAAGCGUGCAUGUUUGUGCUGGGCAUCUUGACAACGAUUGGCGGCGUGGCGCUGCUGGCCCAGCGGUCGCUCCUGUCCCCGCCGCCCCUGCUCAAGAAGCGCAAGACGCUGGCUAGUCGAAACCUGAGCUCGUACUGGCACACCCCGCAGGCAUUGGUCAAGAGCGUCGCAGGUUCUGACGAACCUGUCGUCGCGGUCGCGGUCGUGGUCGAAGCCAAACCUGGCGGCGCGUCGGGCAGUCGGGGGACUUCUGCCGAAGUCGACCUCGACGAAGCCGACGAGGAAGAAGACGAGGUUCCUGGACUGGGCCAAGACAGCAGCGACGAAGAUGCCACGGGAGCCGCGUCGUCGGCGCCGACGUCGAUCGGGGUGGACGAUGACGUCGACAACGAAGACAUGAACAGCAUGAACCGCCAGGCGAUUGAAAACUCGCUCGACAUGUCGCCCAUGGGCACAUUCUUGAUGGGGUUCCCGUCCCAGCGCAACCUGAGCAUCUUCCUCCGCCGAGAGUCGAGCAAUCGACUGGCGUCGGCGGUGCUGCGCCCCAACAAUCCACUCCGCACGGCGCAAGACGACUUUGAAAUCGGCCUCCCUACGUCGGGCACCGGCAGCAGCAGCUCCGCCGCCCUAGCGCCUGACGACAGCACCGACACAGACGACAAGCGAAAAGCCAAACGACGGUCCAUCACGUUUGCAGGGUUCAAGUCGUCUAAAAAGUAAUUGGUUUCCUUGUUUCGUAUUCUACAA